GAUGGCGACGGCCGAUCGAACGCCUCCCGCCAAGAGGCGGCGCCUCGAAGCGACGGCGGACGACGACGACGACGAGGAGGAGAAGACGACGACGCGGGAGGCGAGCGGCGAGGAGCAGCGACUGCCGAGCGUGGCGGCUGCGGCGGCUGCCGUCGUCUCCUCGAUUGUUUGUCUGGAGAAAUCUGUCCCUGGUGUCUCUGCGAGACACGUGAAGAAAGAGGAGGAAGAGGAGAGACAGAGACAUGGGGAUGGUGGAGAUGGUGCUGGUGGACGAGGUGGACCUGGAGAAGAUGGUGGAGGAGGAGGUGGACCUGGAGGAGGAGACGAUGGUGGAGGAGGUGGAGCUGUAAAAGUUGGACCUGGUGGAGGCGGACCUGAAGGAGAAGAUGGUGGAGGUGGUGGAAAUGGAGAAGUUGGAGGAGGAGGUGGUGGAGGAGCGCCUGGAAAAGUUGGAGGUGGAGCUGGGCCACUACCUCUGUGUGCGGCCGCUGCCGCAGCUGCUUCCCCCACCACCGCCUCCUCCGCCUCCUCAUCAUCGCUGUGGCAGAGGCUGCUGCUGCUACGGCUUCUGUCUGAGUCGGAGGCGGCCUCUCGCAGGCGCCGGCGGAAGGAGGUGGCACUGAUGAGGAGGACGAGGAGGAGGACGAGGAGGAGGAUAGCGGACGGGGGGGGCAUCGACGCUGUCGUCGAGCUGCUGAGGAACGCCAAGAGGGUCGUGGUGCUCACGGGAGCCGGGGUCUCAGUCUCGUGUGGCAUUCCGGAUUUCCGGUCUCCCGGCUCCGGCCUCUUCUCCCGGAUUCACGCCGAGUUCCCCGACCUGCGUGACCCCCAGGCUCUCUUCGACCUCCAGCACUUCACCUCCGAUCCGCGACCUUUCUACAAGUUUGCCAGGGAGAUGUUUCCUGGGCGCUUCUCUCCCUCCCUGAGUCACCGUUUCGUCGCACAGUUGGAGAAAGAGGGGCAACUGCUAAGGAACUACAGCCAGAACAUCGACGGCCUGGAGACGCAGGCCGGCGUGACGCGGGUGAUUCAGUGCCAUGGCUCGUUUGACUGGGCCUCGUGUCUAGUUUGUGGACACAAAGUGUCAAGCGACGACAUCCGCGACGACGUGGAGAGACAGCGGGUCCCCUUGUGCCCCGUGUGCCCCCCGUCCGAGCGGGGGGCCGUGCUCAAGCCCGGGGUGAUUUUCUUCGGGGAGAAUCUUCCCCCCCAAUUCCACCGAGCAGUUCGGAGCGACCGCGAGAGCGGCGCCGACCUCCUGCUCACCAUGGGCUCCUCACUGAGAGUGAGGCCUGUGGCUCUCAUACCCAGCUGGCUGGCCCCCUGCGUGCCCCGCGUGCUCAUUAACCGCGAGCCUCUCCCCCAUUUUGGGGCCACCCCCUUCGACGUGGAGCUGCUGGGGGACUGCGACGCCGUGGUGGGGGAGCUCUGCCUGCGUCUGGGGGGUGCCUGGGCCCGGCUCUGCCCCCCCGGGGCGCAGACGCUUUGGCAACGGACGCACGUGGGUGGGGGGAAGCGGCGGGGUAAAGAAGCGCGGGUGGGGGGAGGGCAAGCGAGGGGGGAGGCCGCAGGAGAAGCGGCGGAAGCGGCGAAAGAAUUGAGGGGAGGAACGAGGCGGGGUGGAGACGCGAGGGGGGGAGAAGCGAUGGAAGCAAAUGGAGAAGCGAGGGGAGCAGAAGCGAGAGAAUCAAUGGGAGAAGCAAGGGGUGAAACUCGAGACUCAAUGAAAGGAGCGACAGAAUCGAGGGGAGGAGCGAGAGAAUCGAGGGGAGAAGCGACGGAAUCGAGGGGAGAAGCGACGGAAUCAAGGGGAGAAGCGACGGAAUCAAGGGGAGAAGCGACGGAAUCGAGGGGAGAAGCGACAGAAGCGAGGGGAGAAGCGAGAGAAUCGAGGGGAGAAGCGAGAGAAUCGAGGGGAGAAGCGAGAGAAUCGAGGGGAGAAGCGAGAGAAUCGAGGGGAGGAGCGAGAGAAUCGAGGGGAGGAGGAGCGACGGAAUCGAGGGGAGAAGCGAGAGAAUCGAUUGGACAAGCGACGGAACCGAGGGGAGGAGCGAGGACCGAAGAAGCGGACACAAGGGGAGGAGCAGUGGAAGCGUACAGAGAAGCGAGGGAAGCGAGAGAAUUGGCAGAAGCGAAGAGGAAUGCGAGAGAGGGAGCAACAGAAGCAUGGCGAGAUGCCAUAGAAACACGGAGGGAAGCAACCGAAGCAGAGGAAGAAGCAAGGGGGGAGGUGCGUAGGGAAGCGAUGGAAGCAUACAGAGAAGCCAGGAUAGCGAGAGAAGCGAUGGCAGUGCGGAGGAGAGUGGGGGGAGGAGUGGGACGAGCAGGAGACACAAGGGGAGGAUCAGUGACAGGAGAAGCAGGGGGGGAAGCAGGAGGAGAAGUAGGGGGAGAAGCAAGUGGAGAAGGAGAAGCAAGGGGGGAAGCAGGAAAAGAAGAAGGAGAAGCAGGAGCAGCAAGGGGAGAAGCAGGAAAAGCAGGGGGAGAAGCAGGGGGAGAAGCAGGGGGAGAGGUAAGGGGAGAAGCAGGGGGUGAAGCAGGAGCAGCAAGGGGAGAAGCAGGGGGAGAGGUAAGGGGAGAAGCAGGCGGAGAAGCAGGCGAAGCAAGGGGAGAGGCAGGGGGAGAAGCAGGCGGAGAAGCAAGAGAAGAAGCAGGGGGAGAAGCAGGAGCAGGGGGAGAAGCAGGAGAAGCAAGGGGAGAAGCAGGGGGAGAAGGAGAAGCAGGAGAAGCAAGGGUGGUGAAGGCCGCGAGGAGUGCGAUGUUGGAAGCGGCGAUGGAAGCGACGGAGGAAGCAAUGGCCGAGGCCGGGGCGAGGGAAGCGGCGGCCAUGAUGAGCCGGAGACGGUGGAGGAGGAGAAGGAGGAGUGGGGGUGGUGCUGCCGCCCCGGUGCAUUGUGGGAAGAGGGGGCAAGGGUCAGAGGCUCACGGGAAGGGGGCGGCCGUGCUGGGAGGGGGGCGCCCCCAGCCCGCUGCAUUCUGGGAGGCCGAUACGAGAGAGCCAAUCGGCAAGCGGCUCAAAGAAGACGAGUUCCUCUUCAUCCCUCCGAGUCGCUUCAUUUUCCACGGUGCUCAGGUUUACGACGAAGACGUUGAGAAUUCAGACACGUCGUCGUCGUCGUCAUCAUCACGAUCAUCAUCACCAUCUUCAUCAACAUCUUCCUCUCCAUCUUCAUCAUCGCCGUCAUCGCCAUCGUCGUCAUCGCCAUCCUCAACCUCUCCAGCAUCACCGCAGGCUGACAUUGAUGAGGUGGACCUGAGCAACUACAUCUUCUCCUUGGACGAAGAGGUGGACGGGGACGACGACGACGAGGAGGGUAGUGGUGGUGAAGGUGGCAGUGAUGAUGAAGGGCAGGAGAGGGAUCCAGAACAUCGUCCCGAAGAUAACGGAGCCAGCGGUGGCGGUGAUGAUGAUGAUUCUUAGAUCGUUUGACCUUGAAUUGACAAGGUGGACGAGGUGGUGGUUGGUGUGUGGGGAGGUGGAGGGGUGGGUAAGGAGGAGAUGGAGGGGUGAGGGAAUGGGUGGGUGGAGAGGUGGAGGGGUGUUGGCAGUUUUUUUUGGCAGAUUCUCGAUGGAGCCACCAUCCUUUCCAUCACAAAUACUACCAACGCGACGAAAGAACCCCGUGUAGCCUGGAAAACACUGUAUGCGAGCGCCUAUGAAGGCUGGCACUGUGCACACGAGGGGGUGAGUGGCCAGCACCACGCCCGGCCGCCUAUGUCUCCCUAGUGCCGAUGUUUUCACACUGGACCAGGCACUCAUUUUGAGGCCGAGUCGGCUUAGGGGAGGCCCAGAGCCGUUUCAGAUAAUCGCGAUCACUGGUGUUGGUGGCCGUGAGUGGGCUUCGAACCCGGGUCACUGCCGGGUUCGUAGUGCGGUGCAUUUACCGCUGUACCGCCAUCACCAAAACCAUUACCAUAAGCAUCGUCAUCGUCACCACCACCACAAUUACUACCGCGCGGAGUGUAUGAGUGACGCCUUGUUCUGCCAGCAGUGUUUAUUUUUGUACAAUCAGCAAAAAUCGCGAUCCAAUAA